AUGCGGGCGGCCAACGGGCUCUGGGCGGCGCUGGCCUUAAUCCUGCUCCCGGGCGGAAGCCGGGCUCUGCGAGAGGGCGACUGCGAAGUAUGUGUAUCAUUCAUGGGAAGAUUCUACCAGAGCUUAAAGGACAAGAAUGCUGAAUUUACACCAGCCAGUAUUGAAAAAGAGCUUUUGAAAUCCUGUAAAGAGGCAAAAGGCAAAGAGAAUCGGCUGUGCUAUUACAUUGGAGCUACCAGUGAUGCAGCCACUAAAAUAAUUAAUGAGGUGUCAAAACCUUUGAGUAAUCACAUUCCUAUUGAAAAAAUUUGUGAGAAGCUGAAGAAGAAAGAUAGUCAGAUAUGUGAGCUGAAGUAUGAUAAACAGAUUGACUUGAGCACUGUGGACCUGAAGAAGUUGAGAGUCAAAGAACUGAAGAAAAUUCUAGACGACUGGGGUGAAGCAUGUAAAGGCUGUGCUGAAAAAUCGGACUACAUUCGCAAAAUCAAUGAACUGAUGCCCAAAUAUGCACCAAAGGCAGCCAGUUCACGGACAGAACUCUGACCACUGUGGUGGACUCUAGCACAUUAGCACGUCAUACACAAACUAUGUUAAUCUUUCUAUUUUCUUUACGGCUGUUUUUUGUAACUUAUUUAACAGUUUGAAAUGUCAAAUUGAAGCGGUUCUUGCAAUGCUGGUUCAACUGCCUCAUGUCUUUAGUUAUUAUUUUUCUUGUCUCUGAUUUAUGCUAAGAUAUCAACAUAUGUGUGGAAUUU